UCCAGGGUAAAACUGUUGGGAGAGCUACAAAGUCCUUUUUUUUUUCUUCUUAUGACUUGCAUACUUUGCAAAAGUUAAAACUUCUAUUUUUGUCUGCAUAUUGGAGAAUAUAUGUUUAGUAAUUGCUUAGCAAUUGAAUGUCUGCAGAUUUUGUUACUAAAGUUUCUAUAUCAUAUGAAAGUUAAAUCCAUUGUUGCAUAGCAAAGUUUGCAAAAAUUUAAAGGCUUUUGCAAAACUAAAGAUAUUGGAUUCAUUUUUUUUUUUAUUAUUUCUUUCAUGCACGUUGAUUUGAUAAUCACAUUAUCAAGAACUUUUGAUUUUUUUCUAAUUUUUAUUAUAUAAAAUAUAUAAUAAGAUUUUUUUUCCAACCUGUUGCUAUCUUAGCAAUAUCCUGACAACAGCAGCAGGUUAUAGACAUAGUUUAUGUUGAUUCACGUUUUGUUUAUUCUGCAAAUCAGUUUUAAGACAGCACCUUUGCUGGGUGUGUACUGAUAGUUUUCUACCUAUUUUUUCAAUAGCUGAAUGUGAGAUUUUGAGUUGCUAUUGCAUUUUUUUAGUUGAUUUUUUUGCAAGUGAUUUUUGAACAGCUGCAUAAGAUUGCACCAGACUCUAUAUAUUUAUAUAUUUUUGCAGUGAUAGUGGAGUUUUUUUUUUAUUGGAAAGUUUUGCACGUUUUUGUAGCCUGCAAUGAUACUGCCAGUGUGCCUUGUGUCCCUGUGCCUGGGGCUGUGCCAGGCCAUGGGCUCCUUCGUGCAUUGUGAGCCGUGUGAUGAGAAGGCCAUGUCCAUGUGUCCACCGACCCCAGUGGGCUGUGAGCUGGUGAAGGAGCCUGGCUGCGGUUGCUGUAUGACGUGCGCCCUGGCGGAAGGGCAAUGCUGUGGGGUGUAUACAGAGCGCUGUGCCGGGGGACUACGGUGCCUGCCUAGGCAAGGCGAGGAGAAACCACUGCAUGCUCUGCUGCACGGCCGGGGGGUCUGCCUCAAUGAGAAGAGCCACCGGGACCAGGUGAAAACAGACAAAGAGUCGAAGGAACAAGAAGAUCCAACUACAUCAGAAAUGACUGAAGCUAAUUUUCAGGGUAAACAUCGUAGACGAUAUAUCCCCCUUACAGACCAGAAAGUGGAAGCUAUGAACAAAGAUCGCAGGAAGAAGCAGUCCUCCUCCAAGAUUAUAACUAUGGAAAACAAAGCUCAGCCUCCUUCCUCACCAGAACACAGUACUGAGUCAGAAUUGGGUCCUUGCCGCAGACAGAUGGAAACUAUUUUGCAGGAUAUGAAAGGGUCUUAUCGCAUGUUUCCAAGAGCAUUUUACCUUCCUAACUGUGACCGCAAGGGCUUCUUUAAAAGGAAACAGUGCAAACCUUCAAGAGGCAGAAAGCGCGGAAUCUGCUGGUGUGUAGACAAAUAUGGAUUGAAGCUUCCUGGGAGCGAUUACGCAGCUGGAGAUUUGCAAUGCCACAGUUUUGACAGCAGCAACAUAGAAUAAACCAAUUCCUUACACGCUAAUGCCUGGCAAUGAUCACUUAAGGGGUUUUUCAAAUGAUUUUGUUUUGGGGGUUUUUGGAAAAUUUCAGAGGGAUAAUUUUUGUUCCUUUUUUAUUUCUUUUUUCAUCCAAUUGGCAACAAAAAUAUUGGAACCUUUUUAUUGUGAAGAAAGGACAGCGAUUAUAGUUGCCGAGGAGAAAAAAAUGAAUAAACUUAAAAACCACGGCACAAAGCUUGACGAAACAAGAAAGUGAAUAUACUCUAAUGUUAAGAGCAGGAAAAAGGGGCAAGCUCUGGAAUCCCCAUGAAAAAGCACUGUUGCAAAAUUCUAUUUUUUAUUUUAUUAUUUUUUUUUAUUAUUGAAUGCUUUUUUCCCUUUAUUUUAUGAGAAGGGGGGAAGUACUGAUAUGCUUGUGUUCAGUACCUUACAAUUCUUUUUCUUUAAUCAACUGAUGGACUGAGAAUGAGUGUGGCACAUGUUAAACAUUUCAUACAGCGCGUUUGUCUUUUUAAAGUUUGUUAUUGCUUGUAUUUCUUCAGAAAUAAUAAUCAAUGUGGGGUCAGUUAGAACAUUUUCUAUCAUUACUCCUAAAAAAACACACACAUAUACAUACAUACACAUAUAUAUAUAGUUUUAAAAGUAGGUCCAGUCAUAUACACCUAUUUCAGACUUCUUUGUGAUUAUUUUGCUCACAAACGGAUGCAUUCGAAAUUCUUCAACAGUGGUGCAAUAAUUAAAUUCUGUGCAGACGUUUAUGACUUUCUAAAAACACUCUCCAUAUGUUGAUUAUUAUGACUUGAAGACAAUAUUAGUAGUUAGUUGUGACAAUGCUUUUCUUUGUUUUUAUUGACUCUGUUUCAUUAUAAAAAAAAGUUACAGUAUCUGUUUUUGCUGCACAUUCUGCAUAAUGUCACAUGAGCUUCCUUUUCAGCCAGUGAAACUUUGGCGAGGUCAGAAACACAUAACUGGCAUUCACAAACUCUUGAAUGCAUAGAAAAGCAUAUUGGGCUCCUGUUUGCUUUCCCCCAAAGCAAUAAGUCAUUAGUCUUAUUUGCUGAAAAGCUGUGAUGUAGUAUGUGGGUUUUUUUUGUUUUUUUUUUAAUUGCAAUGCAAAAUGUUAUUAUACACUUUGAGUUAUUUCUAUUGCAACAAUAGAGUAAGAAAAUGUUAACCCUUUUGCUUCUGGAGGGUCUUGCAGUACAUUUCAGUUGCUAGCACUUGUUAAAAAUGACCUUUUCUUUUAACUUAUUCACUGUUGAAGGAGCUUGUGCCUCAUGGCAGUCCCCUCCAGCUUUGCAGGGUCACAUUUUUAGUAGUUUUUACUUGCUGACACUUUAUUAAAACUCCUUCCUUUAGGGCAAUAAGGAACUAUAUUAGCUGAUUAUAUUGUGACAAUGCCCCUUGUGGAAAUCUUGGUGCUUUUUUUUAUGACGUUUCAAUGGUUUAUUGGAAAAUAUAAGCUAUAAUGAUGGGUUGCAUACUAUUUGCAUUUGGAACUGAUUGAGUUAACCUCUUUCUUGCUGACAGAGCAUAUGGUCUAUUGCAGAGCAGAGGGCCACAAGUUAUUUAGCAGUGAAAAGGUCUAAGCGACUCAAGCUUUAAAUGAAGGCUUUUGUCACCACUUUGCUUGUAACAUAGCCAGAAACAGCUUUUUGUACUGCAUGAGUUCAUGCUGAAAUAGGCACAAAAUAAUUGGAAUUACUGACUUGAGAUGGGAUGGACCAUAUGAACCUAUAGAAAAUGUAUAUAGGUUAAUAAUGUUAACCUAAGUCUGUUGGUUGUAGAAUGUAAACUUCCGUGUAGUUUGCAAAAAAUGGAUUAGUUUGAUGAUUGUCCUUUUUUUUUUUCUUCCUGAAAUACAACGAUCAAUACAUCUCUCCAGUAUGAGGAUUAAGGGCAGAUGGUGUAGGGUAUAGAUUUGUAAACAUUUUAAAUGCAUUCAUUUUUGACAAAGCGAAUAUACCAGCAAUUAAUACUUGACUCAUAUGUUUGUGUUAGACAUUGGACUCUACUAAUCACAUUUACAAUAUGAAGAUUAUAUUCUUCUCUUUAAAACAAAAAUCAAGAUAGUUUGGCAUGUAGAAACUGAACUAAAGUCCUUUCCAUUGCCCUGUUUAGUCCUGCUAAAUGUUUUCACUAUAUGCCCUGCUGGUGCAGUGAGACCUGAUUCUGUCUUCUUUGGAGACUUAUCUUUUUAAUUUGAUUUUAAAUAAAUUUGCCUUUUGAUUGAAAUAUUUCAGAUAAUAGAUAUGCUUUUGAUCUUGAUGAAAGAAAAAUUCAAAGUUUUUAGUUUCCUUUCUUAAUUGGGCCAUUUAGCCUCUCUAAAUUACAGGGAUCUUCAGCUUUCUUGACUUUAUUUGACUUUCUAUGGACUUGGUUAAGACCUGUGAGAACCUAUCAUUCCGCUCAUCUAAGAUCAUGCUCAUCUAUGCUGAGGACUUGUGGAUCUUGAAAAUAUUAUUGCUGUAUCACAUGAAAGAUAAAAGUGGACAGUGUGGAUUUUUGUUACUUAUUUUAUUACAUAAUAAAUUGUUGAAUAUGGAAAAUUUAGCAAUGUUCAUGUGAAAGUCAAAGGAGAUUGUUUGGGGAAACAGGUUAAUCUGCUAUUAUAACCACUGUAUGGGACUCUACAUGCCAAUAAUUUGUGCUUUGUGUUUUACAAAUUUCUUGUGCAAAACAAAGUUUCUUACAUGUCUGUAACUUCUUAUGCCUUAAAACAUUGUUUAUAGCAGCAAAGUUUUAUAUUUUGUAAUAAACCCGACCACAGCAAGUGUAGGUAUCAAUAAUGUAAUCUCAUUUCUUUAGAUAAACAUCCCAAAGUUGAAUCCAAAUAUGUAAUCAUGGAGUAUCAUAGUGCAAACCAUAAAAUGUAAAGGGAGUUAACAACAAAUAUUUCCCCACAAUUAAAGGGACAUAAAACCCAUUUUUUUCAUGAUUCAGAUAGAGCAUUUAAUUUUAAACAAGUUUCCAAUUUACUUCAACUAGCCCCCAGUAGUGUAUUGCUCUUAGAACACAUGAGGUGAGCCAAUGGCAAGAGGCAAAUGUGUGAAGCCACUAAUCAGCUGCAAGCUCCCAGUAGGGUAUUGCUGCCCCUAACCCUACCUAGGUCUGCUUUUCAACAAAUGAUACAAAGAUAACAAAUGCAAUUUUAAACAAUUUUCCAAUUUACUUCUGUUAUAUAAUUUGAUGUCCUUUCUGAAUCAUGACAUUUUACUUUUGACUUUAAUGUCCCUUUAAAUUGAAAAGCCCAGUUUACAAUGUUGUCUUUAAAGUGACUUAAUUAUGUAUUUAAAACUAUUUUUUAUUUUAAUGGAAAACCUGGGAUGGGAUAUGUAUGUGCAGACAAAAGGCGUUUUUGGGUGAAAGAAUAACAUAAAGAUUGUUCAAUAUGAGCAAGGUGGAGGCUGACAAAUUGUUUGCCUUUCAUAGUCAGAAAGAGUGUAAAUUUUAAAGGGAGACUAAAGGCUAAAAUUUUCUUUCACUAUUCAAAUAGAACAUAUGAUUUUAAACAACUUUCCAAUUUUCAUUCUAUUACUUAAUUUGCUUUGUGCCUUCGGUAUCCUUUGCUGAAAAGCAUGCCUAGGUAAGCUCAGAAGCAGUGACACACUACUGGGAGUUAGCUGCUGAUUGGUGGCUGCACAUAUUUGCCUCCUGUCAUUGGCUCACCAGAUGCUCAUUUAAAGGGCCAUAAUACCCAAAUGUUUAAACACUUGAAAGUGAUGCAGUAUAGCUGUAAAACGCUGACUAGAAAAUAUCACCUGAACAUCUCUAUGUAAAAAAGAAAUAUAUUUUACCUCAAAAGUUUCUCAGUAGCCACAUCCCAAAAAGGACUUCUAAGCAACAAAUCAGUAUAUCUGUCCCGUGACAGCAGAAGGAGCGAGCUUUCGUGCACACUCAUCUUAUUUGCCUAUUCAGUGUAAGGAAGUUUACUAUGAAAUCUCAUUAAAGUUAAGUGAAAUCUCAUGAGAUCACAGUAAAAUAGUUCAUGACCUCAGCACUGCUGAUGCUGAUUGACUACUGUUCAUUUCUUCAUUUUUUUUAAAAAAAAUUUUUACCUGCACCUGGGCUGCAGCUGAGUAUAACUUUUUACACAGAACUUACUCUGCUGAGCUGAGGAAGUUGUGAGCUAAAAUAUCUUCCUUUUUUACAUAGAGAUGCUCAGGUGAUAUUUUCCUGUCAGCUUUUUAGAGUUAUACUGCAUCAGUUUCAAGUGAUUUAGCAUAUGAGUAUUAUGUCCCUUUAACUCCCAGUAGUGCAUUGCUGCUCUUUCAACAGUGGUUACCAACAGAAUUAAGCAAAUUAGAUAAUAGAAGUUAAUUGGAAAAUUGCUUAAAAUUGCAUGUUCUCUCUAAUCAUGAAAGAAACAUUCUGGGUUUAAUGUCCCUUCAUAGUUUACCUGCUUUUCUAGGGGUUUAAAAAAAAAUAUUAUAAAUUUCAGAAAUGUGUUUACCACAAGAAAUGUUCAAAAUAUCCAAAGAACACAAUAUCCUAUAUAAAAAAUACACAGAAAGGAAAACCAUGCAACACUGCCUUACACCUAAUUAAAAACCAAAAAUAGCCAAAUUAAAAUGAUAAACUUGAUCAAAUGAACUUGCCAAUAUAUAAAAAUUCAGUCAAACAAAAAAAAUAAUAAUAUAUAUAUAUUUUUAAGAUUAAAGUAUUCUCUUAUCCAGUCAGUAGAAUAAAUAUUUUGGAUCUAUUUCUAAAGUAAGUAAUUUUAUUUGUAUCUUUACCAAUGUUGUGUUUAGGUGAAUAGGUUUAUUGCUCAGUUUUACUUUCCUACAUAUUCUUUACAAUAUCCCUGAACUGUAAAACACUUUAUACAACACCUUUUUUUUCUUUUUUAUAUCAAAAUAAAUAUUUGUAUUUUUUUAAAUUAAACAAAAAAGGGAUAUUUGUGUUUUUGUAAGGGCCAUACAUUUACUGAAACUUGGCAAGUUUGUUGUAAUUUGCAAAAUAUACAUUUUGCGGUGGCAUUUGGCAAGAGAUGUUAAAGGGAAACAACACAUUUAUUAGUAUUAAAAGAAGAUUAGAACACAGUAGAAUUAACCAUUAUUGUUGGCUAAAAUUAUUUGGUAUAGAGCUUUAUUAACUUUGUACAAGAUAAUGGAUUUUCAGGAAUCAUUUAUAUUCCUUCAAUAGAUUUUUUUUUUUUUUUAACCUAGUAGAGGACUUUUGUGUUAACAUUACAAUUUGGCUAGAACCCCUUGAAAGUUAAUUAAAUAAAAUGUAUAACUACUGUGGGUGGAACUGGUGCUUUUUGAAAACUUAGCAAAGUAGAUUUAAAAGAUUGUAUUUAAAAUUGUAUUCAUAAUAAUAUCCAAUGAAAACAAGUUUUGUUUAAAUGGUAUCUGUUUGUGGAGAACAUAAAUGAUUCAAUUAAGCCAGAUACAUACAUAUAUUAUAGAACCAAUAAGUGCUGAAACACAAAAUAUCCACAAAAAAUGACACUUUUGCACAAUUCUAGAAGCAGUACAAUAAUGUAAUGGCUAUUCAAAUUCAUUUAUAAAGGGGUUGAUACUAAUAUAUAUAUAUAUAUAUAUAUAUAUAUAUUAGAAUAAGUUGCAAUUAAAUACCCCAUGUGCUGACACGUUGCGAAAGGUUUAUGACGAUUAACAUAAUUGUGAAAAAGAUUUUGCUUAAAAUGCAAUAUAACCUUGUUGUGUUUUUUUGUUUGUUGUUUUUUAUUUUGUUUUUUUUUAACCACUACUUCAGGAGUAAUUUUUUUGCACUAUUUUUACCUUUUUUUAUAUAUAUAUAUAUAUAUAUAUAAUUCCUUUUUCAUAUUUUCUCUUCCAGUGAACUCAUUUACAAACAGUUAACCAUCCAUAUUGCAGCGCUCAUUACCUGCAUUGGAACUGUAUUUUCAUAACCUUUAUAACCAGUUUUUAACACAUUAUCCACAACAUCCAUUUUGCAAUAUAUUGUACAUUACUUAUGUUUUCUUCUUUACAAUAAAAUAUUCAUAAUUAAGCUGGUGUACAAAAGCAAACAAUUUGUGGAUUGUAAGUGUUCUGUUUAACAUUUUGUACUUAAUAAAAAAAAUCAAAAAAAAUCUCACAUUUUAUUACAGAAAGUGAAGAUUGCUAUAUGCUAUUUAUUCAUCUUAUAAUUUAUGUUACUCCUUGAUCUUUGUCUUUUUGUCAUGACAAAGCAUUUAUUUAAUAAAGUUAUGUAUUCAA